CGAGUCGCCAUCUAAAAACCAGUCCAGGUAGCGGUGGAUGGACAUGUACAUACAAGCUUCGGAUUGCACAUAAAAAUGAAAAAAAUUAAAGCUAAGGCCAGUUCUGUGCCGAUUUUUAAUGGGCGUAUAUCAGAUUCCUCAGCAUCAAGUAAUUCUUCCAUGAAUGCAUUUGCAUCAAGGUCAAAAAAGCGAGCCACAUUUAAUGGAAUCAUGCCGCCCAAAAUCUUCACCAUAUCGAACUCCUCAUCUUCGGUAUCAGCAUUAUUGAAAGAUGAAACUUUAAAUAAAAACGGGGGGACACAAAAUUAUAAUACAUCGUUAACCGGUCCCAUUCCCAAGGCACUUGAUACUUCAAGUAUUAAUCGGUUUGGGCUGAGUAAUUAUGAAAAAAUUAGAGUGGUCGGACAAGGGUCGUUUGGAGUGGCGAUAUUAUAUCGACGCAAAUUUGAUAAUCAUCACAUUGUUUUCAAACAAAUAAAUUUAGCAGACCUGACACCAUCCGAAAGAGAUUUGGCUAUGAACGAAGUUGAAGUAUUUUCUAAGCUUCACCAUCCAAAUAUAAUUAGUUACUUGGGUAGCUUCAUUAGAGACAACACCCUGCUGAUUGAAAUGGAAUACGCGGAUAGGGGCACCUUGGCUCAAGUUAUCGCGGACCGUCUAAUGAAAGAUUAUUUUCCUGAACGUUAUAUCGUUGCAGUUUUUGAGCAGAUCUCAAGUGCCAUCAAUUACAUGCAUUCUGAAAAUAUUUUACAUCGAGAUUUGAAAACUGCAAAUGUGUUUUUGAACAAACGAGGAAUAGUAAAGAUCGGAGACUUUGGCAUAUCAAAAAUAAUGAAUACAAAAGUGUUGGCACAAACCGUGCUAGGAACUCCAUAUUACUUCAGCCCGGAGAUGUGCGAAGGUAAGGAAUAUGACCAUAAAAGCGAUAUAUGGGCAUUGGGUUGUAUACUUGGUGAAAUGUGUUGCCUAAAGAAAAGUUUUGCGGCCUCAAAUCUUUCCCAAUUGGUGUCCAAAAUAAUGGCGGGUAAUUAUACUACUAUACCGACGGGCUAUUCUUCGGGCUUACGCAGUCUCCUAGGCAAUCUCUUGCAAGUGGAUGCUUCUCUUCGUCCAAAUGCCUCUGAGAUUUUGGAGUAUUGGAUUCCGCUUAUAUUUAGAAAUUUGGGAAAAAAUAAAGGUUAUUCUUAUAAUGAUGAUAUACUUGCAAUGAAUCCUAUUUCAAAUAUCUCAACUGAAGUACAAUCAGCCAAGGAGAGCGUAGAGCUCAGUUUUUGUUUGGAGGCAGAGAACUCUAAACAAGCAUUGACAGAGCUCCCAACCGGUCGCACCGAAAGGGAAGUAAUGAAUGCGGAAACUGCUAUACCCAAUGAAAUAAUUUGUAAGCGGUCCGUAUUAUACCAAUUGAAGGCAUUUGGCAACAGCUUCGGCAUGAAUCCUAUACAGUUACCUCCCAAAGCUUGCAUACGCUCAGUCGCUGCCAGUGACUCACAUUUUGUGGUGGUUAAUGAUGAUGGUUCAGUUUAUGCGUGGGGAGAGGGCAUACACGGACAACUCGGUUCAUCUUCGCUUGAAGGUUGGAAACAUUAUCCCAGUAGAAUGGAAAGCAUUCGCAGUCACCAUAUUAUAAGCGCAUGCGUUGGCGAUGGCUUCAGUAUUCUAUUAACACAAUCGGGUAGCGUUCUCAGUUGUGGCGAUAAUUCAAAGUACGCAUUGGGACAUGACGAAAACAAGAUAUAUCAUACACCAAAAGGUGUAAUAAAGCUACAAGAUAUACAAAUAGAGAAAAUAGCGGCCGGAACUGAACAUGUGCUCGCUUUAAGCGCCGAUGGUUCGAUCUACGUUUGGGGUACCAGCGCGCAUGGUGCUCUUGGCUUGGGUAAAUUUCAAACACAGCAGAAAACCCCACAAAAGGUUCUACUACCACAUAUGAAUGGAAAGGCUGAGAAAAUUUUUUGUGGUCCGAAUACAUCGGCAGUUCUCUUCAAAAACGGAGACUUGUAUGCCUGUGGCUGCAACAAAUACAAGAAGUUGGGGUUUAAAAAAAGCAACAUAACAGCAUUCAAAAAACUACAAUUGUCCCAUAAAAUCAUUUCGGCGAGCUUCUCUUCAGUGCAUACCAUUUUAUUAAUGGAAAACGGUAGUGUUUACACGAUGGGCCGCAAUUCAGAAGGACAACUGGGAGUAGGACACACAAAUAGCGUUGAGCAGCCCACUCUGGUGAAAUUCAUUGCACACCGCACCAUUAUAAAUUGCAAAUGCAAUGAUCAAGGUACAAUAGUUACUUCUAAGGAUAAUUUUAUAACCUUUUGGGGAACAAGAAAUGGUAUACCGGGCUUUGGAGAAAGUAACUUUAAUACGUUGCAAGGGCAUAACCAAAACUCUACUAAUUCUGAUGUCAACAACAGCACUGUGGCUUUCACAAAUUUCCUUGCCUCGAUUUAUAAAUCUGAGCUACUUUUAAAACCUGUAGAUCUUUUGUCUUUGUAUGCAUCUCAGGAGCAACGCGUAAAAGGCUACUAUAUUGAAUUAAACAACAUAUAUCUAUUGCCGCACAGUGUUUUAGUGUUGGUGGACACCACGACACCGUUGGUAUCCUCUCUGGAAGAUUUGCAGUAGUGCAUGAAUAAUGAAACAAUAAUUUUAUUACAUUUUACAUUAAUGUAAUUUCUAUUUAUUUUAAUUCAAAUUCACUUAAAUAUAUAUGACAAAUUUAUAGCAUAUUUUUGAAACAAGAGAAAAAUAAGCAUUACAAAUUAUGAUCAAAAGGCAUUACAAAAUUAUGUUUAAACACAUGGUCAGG